GAGUGUGUCUAAUCCACCCUCUGAUGAAUCACUGAGCAUAGGCAGAGGGAAGUACAUUAGGACAUCAGUCAGCUUUCUGAGUGGGGAGAGAGAGAGUGAGAGUGCGCAGCGUGAGCGAGUCCCCAGGCACGAACCUGCCAAGAUCUCCUCGAUGGUUCAUUCCCCGAGCCUCCCACAGCUUCUCGUUUGAGAGGAGUCGUCUUCGGCGAAGCAGGCUGAGGUUCAGCUCAGAACCACGGAGGCCUCCGUUGAAGGGUACGACUUGCUGGAGUCUCUGGGGAUCGUUUUGGAAACUCUGUCUCGGGAGAAUUUGCUCUUUUUGACCCCGCUGUCCACCUCCACCGUCCCCUCCUGUUCUCUCCCCCUCCCUGCUCACCAAUCCAUGUGAAUCCCUGGUCGGGAACACAAGGACAGCCUGUUCCGAGGAGGAAGCCGGAUCGUGAGGGUGUUCCGUUUUGCGUUUGGAGUCUCCUGACUGCAGAGCGAGGUGGGGGGGGGACAGGAACUGAGCUCAUCUGACAGGGACAGAUAUGUCUGGAGGGGAGCGAUUUAAUUAUCAGGAGAAUAUCACCAAGGAGACCAGAAGAGCGCAGCGGAUUGGAUAAAGGAAACGUUACGGUGAAGAUUCAAUUGAACCUCUGUGUAGCUGUGAGACUUGAAAAGGCUGGAUGCAUCAUACGUCGGAACAGUUUGGAGUGCGCAGCGCACGAGAAACAUUCCCCGUCGAGAACUUGAGCCGAGGCGGGGUGGGAUGGAGCUCUGUUCCCCAACGAUCAUGGCCCCUGAGCAGCAGGUGCUCCGCCAAUGUUGGUCAGAAUCCGUAUAAUCUGUAUCCCAGCCACAUGUCCAACAUCGGACACUCUGGAAAGUCGUUCUGUCCCUCAGGGUCUCCCCGGCCGCUGCACGGUAAGCUGGAUGGGAUCCACAGCUGUGUGCAGGCCCUCCUGCACGAUCAGCCACAGCCCCGCGUCUGGGAGCAGCUGGGCCAGAUCUACGAGUCAGAGCACGAGCUGGAGGACGCCAUCAAGUGCUACCAGAACGCGGCACGGUACGCCACCAGCUACGGCUACAGCGACCUCACCACCAGAAUCAACCGCCUGCAGCAGGUCCAUGUCUGGAAGUUGCACUCCAGUCCCUCCCAGAACAGGCAGAGGAACCUGCCAGCUCUACAUGAUGUCUGGAACAUUCUGCAGCAGAAGCGAAAUUUCAGUUCAACCAAAAAUGGCUGUCAGCUGAAGCGAGCAGCAGGGCCUGGGGAGCAGUGUGGGCAGCCACCCAGCCCCUCUCAUCAACAAACCUGCCGAACCAGCCACAGCAGUGAUAUCCCCAGCUCAGUCAAACGCAGCCGCAGCAGGAGCCCGGAGCAGGUCCACAGCCACCAGGGGUACCAUUCAGGACCACAACAAGCAAGUGACCCAGCUCCUCCCAGUUUACCUUCCAACGGGCCACACCCAGCGCAGAAAACGAGUCCGGGAUGGACCCCCACGCACAAGGACUCUUGGACACACGGAAGGAAAGAGCUCACUCUCAAUCUACAGGAACCGAAGAAGUCAUUGUCCGACCCCUCUCCACACAGCAGCGCCCGCUCCUCUUCCCCACCCAUCUCCAGUUGGCACGGCAAUCCCAGCAUCCACCCGGUCACCGUGACGUCAAGCCCUACACCACCCCCACGCCAAGACACCCUACCCCAGCAGCCAUGCCCCAGGGGUGAGGUGACAGUCGGGGCGGUGAGGCUACAGGCAGAUGAUGGGCAGUCUCCGGCUAAACGGUGCCAGCCCCUGGGGUCAGGGGGCACUGAGCACCGGCAGCUGCAGCAGAGUCCAGAACCUUCAGGCUCCACCGCGCUUCCUCACAGCCUCCAGAAUCCUCAAGAUGGUGCCCUGGGUCCGAUGGGGCAGUUAGACCCAGCGUCCCAGAGUCACCGUGGUGGAGGGCUUUGCCAGGACACCCCCGCCAUUGCCACCAGUGCCCCUGUCCCCUCCCCCAGCCCACACUGUGCCCCCCUUGGCAGCAGCUCCCCGGAGCACAGGGAGAGCUGCAAGGAUAGGGAGCACUGCCACUGGAGGCCGCCCAGCGGCCAGGCCCAGCCUCGAGCGGAGGGGCAGCCAUCUUGUGGGGCCCGGGAGGAGGGAGCGGGCCGGGCGGCGAUGGUUCAGAGCCCCCCCCAGGACCCCCCAGGGACAGAGCAGGAGCUGAGGCCCCCUGCAACCCCCUGGGAGGGCGCGCCCCCACGUCCCCGGGAGGCUGGCUGGGCUCCGCCCCCCGCUGCGCCCCGCAUGCCCCCCCUGUCUGGCCCCCACCGUCCCCGCGGGGGCGGGGGGGCGGGCCCGGAGCAGCAGCCGGGCCUAGCGGCCGAGGCCAGGCCUGCUGCGCCCCCCCGGGGCCUGGUGACCCCUCCCCGUCUGGCGGAGGCUCCCAGCUCCAAGCCGGGCCCGGAAGGCCGCUUCCUGCCCCGGCCUCCGCCCCUGACCUGCGCCCUGUCCGGGAGGCUGGCUCCUCCCCCUCCCCCACCCCCGCCCCCGCCCCGGCCUCCCCCCUCCCCUGAACCCCUGGUCAAGGAGCCACCCGCGCCCCCCGACAGCGAGAUGUGGAUCAAGGCCGUCUUCACCACCACCGAGGCCCAGAAGGGGGUGUCCGAUGCUGCCCACCGGUGGCACCGGGGCGGCUCCGGCAAAACCGGGGAGCCCGCCGCGGCGCUGGCCCCCCCUGAGCCCGGCCUACCCCCCCACCGCCCGUCGCCAGGGGAACGGCGGCACGAGCCCCGCGGCAAAGCCCCGAGCCGGGAGCGGAGGCGUCGGGGCGGCCGCUCGGCCAAGGGCAAGCAGCGGUGCGUCCUCGGCAACAUCGACCUCCAGAGCAAGGAGAUCCUGGCCCGGCACAAGCUCAGGUCGGAGGGGCCCCGGGGGGCCAAGUCUGCUGCUCCCAGCCCGGCCUCCCCCGAGGAACCUGGGCGGGCCGGGACUCGCAGGCCAGAGCCUGUGCCGCCACCGAACCCCACGGCAUCCACCACCACCACCACCACCACCAGCACCACCACCAGCACUACCACCGCCACCAAAGAGCCAGAGGCUGGGCCCAAGGCCACCUCCAACGUCCUGAGGGUCAAGCCGUUCCCCGAGGGCACCACCAAGGAGCUGAAGAUCAAACUGGUGAAGGUGGAGAGCGGCGACCGGGAAACCUUCAUCGCCUCUGAGGUGGACGAGAAACGGAUCCGGCUCUCUGACCUCACCAUCGAAAACUCCGGGGCCGAGGUCGUCCGGGCCUGCCGGUCCACGAAGCUGAAGGGAAAGUUCACUGCCUCGUGUGUGUUGCCAGCACAUUCAGUGAAGCCAGGCUGCCUCACCGAGCAACAGGCCGUUCGGGAUAAGCUUAACCCUCCCACGCCCAGCAUUUACUUAGAGAGCAAGCGAGAUGCUUUCUCCCCCGUACUUCAGCAAUUUUGUACAGACCCGAAGACACCGAUCACUGUGAUAAGGGGCCUGGCUGGAUCGCUCCGAUUGAAUCUCGGCCUGUUCUCGACGAAGACCUUGGUGGAGGCCAAUGGUGAGCACACGGUGGAGGUCCGCACGCAGCUCCAGCAGCCUUCAGACGAGAACUGGGACCCCUCAGGAGGCAACCAGACCUGGCCCUGUGAGAGCAGCCGCUCCCACACCACCAUCGCCAAGUACGCCCAGUACCAGGCCUCGUCCUUCCAGGAGUCUCUGCAGGAAGAUAAGGACAGCGAUGAGGAAGAGGGGGAGCCCGAGCCUGAGAAAGCUGCCGAAGUCCCGGAGACUAUUCACAGAAACGGACAGAAAGUUCCGCUGAAGGUGAUCAAGUUUGGGACCAAUAUCGAUUUGUCAGACCCCAAACUCUGGAAGCCGCAGCUACAGGAGUUGCUGAAGUUACCAGCGUUCAUGCGCGUCUCAUCGAACGGGAACAUGUUGAGCCACGUGGGACACACCAUUUAUGGCAUGAACACUGUGCAGCUCUACAUGAAAGUUCCUGGCAGCCGGACUCCAGGCCACCAGGAGAAUAACAACUUCUGUUCGGUGAAUAUUAACAUCGGGCCCGGGGACUGUGAAUGGUUUGCUGUACCGGAGGCUUACUGGGAUACCAUCAGUGAGUUUUGUGACAGGCACAAUGUCGAUUACCUGACCGGGUCGUGGUGGCCGGUGCUCGAUGACCUCUAUGCAGCUAAGAUCCCUGUCUACCGCUUCAUACAGCGGCCGGGGGACCUGGUGUGGAUCAAUGCUGGCACCGUGCACUGGGUACAGGCCACUGGAUGGUGCAACAACAUUGCCUGGAACGUCGGCCCACUGACUGCAUAUCAGUACCAGCUCGCUCUGGAACGAUACGAGUGGAACAAGGUGAAGAAGGUGAAGUCGAUUGUCCCCAUGAUCCAUGUCAGCUGGAACGCAGCUCGCACUGUUAAAGUCACUGACCCUGACCUCUACAGAAUGAUCAAGUAA